GGGAAAACCCCAGUGCUUUCUGCUACCCAGUUGGCGGGAAUAGGUGCUGUGACUCCUCAGCUUGUCACUUGGACUCUUUUUCUCAGGGCGCCACCGCCAGCCUGGGUGCAUUAGAGGUGCGUACCGCCUGCUGGGCUGUCCUCUCCCUCUGCUUCCUUCUAUUUAUUGGCUCUCCCUGGCUCUGUGACUCCAGUCAGCCUUCCCUGCCUAGUGAAGCCAGGCACCCUGGUUCAGCGUGGUCAGCUGUUGGGACUGGACCGGGAAGCCGCGGAGAUCCCCGAACGACGUGCACCACUUGAGCACACGCUUCCUGCUCCAUUAUCUCUGGAUAGCUAUCUGGGCACGGUGAAGCGGAAAGCAGGCCAUUGUUAAAAAUUCAGAUUGAGUUGUCUUAUAAGUGGCUCCUAGACGAUUCACUCCCCUCAUCCCUAAGAGAGCACAGCAAUUGUGGAGGUGGAUACAGGACUGGAACCAAAAUCACUGUUCAGAUAUGUCCAAAAAUCUGGAUUCUAAAUUCUUAUGUAAGUCAGAGAGUGACUGACCAACAGCUGUGAGACACGGAGGGCUUUAACAGUCACUGUAAAUGUUGGCAUAGGUCACUUAUUGCUCUGAAGACUGGAUCCAAAAAGCACGAUGAAUGCAAGUACAUGUGAUACUAGCACCAUGAAUUCCAGAGAAGCUGGAGAAUUUUAUAUAACUGGGGAAGAAGGCCCAACUGCUGAGAUAAUCUUGGGAGCAGAACUGAUUGAAGUUGGAGAAAGUGAUGAAGUGGUCGACCUCACCUCUGAAUCUCUAGAACCUGCAGUGAUUGACUUAACUCACCAUGACUCUGUUGUGAUUACUGAGGAAAGGAGGAGGCCAAGUAGAAACAGAAGGUCAUUCCAAAGCCAAAUUGGCAUCUGUGCAGAGAGCAGUGAAAAGAAGGGGUUGACGAGGAACAGAGAUGUAAAUGUGACCAACAGUGCUCACCGUAGUGCCCCGGAAAAAGAAACUUUAAGUUGCACACUGCCUGGCUAUAUUCAGUGCCGAAUUUGUAUGGAUGGGUACUUGGAGAUUGAAAUGAGUAGACAACACAUUUACUCUACAGAAUGUGGCCACAUCUUCUGUAGUCGGUGCCUCUGCACUUUUCUUCAAUAUACUAAAAAUUGCCCGGUUUGUUUGAAAAAAAUUGACCGCCAUCAAUACCAUCGCAUUUACAUAUGAUUUGUGUUGUGCUGCUCAGGACAGACAAACCCCCUGACUGGAUUUUUCCAUGUCCUUGUCCAGAAACUAUGGAGUUUUGGCAUCCAAUGUUCUGAGCUCAAAAAGCCUGAUUUUAAAAAUUGCUUUCUGGAGUGUAGGAAAACCCUUUUAUUUUUCACAAACUAUGAGACUGCCUUUUGAUUCCUUUGGUUUCAUGCUGCAGGGCUGGACUUCUGUUGUUAUAGUGAAUCAGAGAAUGGUGGAUGUCCUCAAAACAAUUUUCCCUUCUUUUCUCAUAGUAAUCAAUUUUUAACUGGCCACAUGUGGGCAUUUUGGAUCAUGUAAGUAAGAGCAACAUCCUAGAGAUGGAGGAGCAAGUAGACAGAAGGCAGCCGGGAGACUACCGACUCUGCAAACAAGAGCCACAAUAUAAGUUUGGACUUUUAUGUAAGAUAAAUAAACUUCAUUCUUGCUUAA